GGCUGGCUGGCUACCAUGGCUGGCUGGCUGGCUACCAUGGCUGGCUGGCUGGCUGGCUGGCCUGGCUGGCUACCAUGGCUGGCUGGCUGGCUGGCUGGCUGGCUGGCUGGCUGGCCUGGCUGGCUGGCCGGCCUGGCUGGCUGGCCUGCCUGGCUGGCUGGCUGGCCUGGCUGGCCUGGUUGGCUGGCUGGCUGGCCUGGCUGGCUGGCCUGGCUGGCUGGCUCAGUUCUCCCUCACACCUCCAACAGUCAAGACUCCCUCCAUCAACUCCUCCACUCCACCUCCAUCAUGGCUCUAGAACAAGAUUUCAAUGAAGCUGCUGAGAAGGUGAAGAAGCUGAAAACUAAACCAAAUGACGAAGAGUUGAAGGAACUUUAUGGCUUGUACAAGCAAGUUACUGUUGGUGAUAUUAACACAGAGAGGCCAGGUAUGCUGGACUUCACAGGGAAGGCCAAGUGGGAUGCCUGGAACUCCAGAAAAGGAAUGAGUAAGGAUGCAGCAAUGGAAGCUUACAUUGCCAAGGUGGAAGAACUUGUUGGAAAAUAUGGUUUGGAAUAAUCAAUUCUCAUCCACCUGUGAUCAAAUUUUACAAGUUUCAUUGUUUAAUGAAGCUUCAUCUAAAUUAGAAAAGUUUCAAGUAUUGCACCUGUUUUAGCUAACUAUAUUGGUUGGAAGUCUGCACUUUUGUGAUACUAAAUAAAUGUAUUAAAUUUA